CUUGAGGAGUGGUGGGCGGCCAUUGCUGUGAGUCGUGGCUCCGUGGGAAGGUGAGGAGAAGGAGAGGAAAGGAGCGACACGGGCACCUGGCGGCGAGGGCUGUAUUCUUACUGUCUUACACAGGAAAUUUGUUGAAUUACUCCCAGCUCAGGUGACAGGAUUCAGACUUUCCGGAUAUGUCUUUCAUAUUUGAUUGGAUAUACAGUGGCUUCAGUAGUGUACUGCAGUUUCUAGGACUGUAUAGAAAAUCUGGUAAGUUGGUGUUUCUUGGACUAGAUAAUGCCGGCAAGACAACGCUACUGCACAUGCUCAAAGAUGACAGGUUGGGACAGCAUGUGCCUACUUUACAUCCAACCUCCGAAGAGCUGACAAUAGCAGGCAUGACGUUCACCACAUUCGACUUGGGUGGCCAUGCACAGGCUCGGAGAGUGUGGAAGAACUACCUCCCCGCUAUCAACGGCAUCGUCUUCCUUGUGGAUUGUGCAGACCACCAAAGACUGAUGGAGUCCAAAACAGAGCUGAAUGCCCUGAUGACAGAUGAAACUAUUGGGAAUGUGCCGAUCUUGAUCCUUGGUAACAAAAUAGACCGACCAGAAGCCAUCAGCGAAGAGAAUCUGCGUGAGCUCUUCGGACUGUACGGACAGACCACGGGCAAGGGUAACGUGCCCCUCAAGGACCUGAAUGCAAGGCCACUGGAGGUGUUCAUGUGCAGUGUGCUGAAGAGGCAGGGCUAUGGCGAAGGCUUCCGCUGGCUCUCCCAGUAUAUUGACUAAAGCAGCCGUGACAGCUGCACUCGGCCCUACCGUUGAGCAGAAAGCCCUCCUCCGCUAUGGAACCCGCCAUGACUUGAACCCAACGGGCCUCUGUUCAUGGAACAUUUGGAUAUGCCAUUUUCACACCUUUUUUUUUUUUUUUUUUUUA